CUCUUUCUCCUCAAACACAACAUAUCGGCCAUGGGUAUUGCGGCGGAGGAAUCACGUGCUUUCCACGUGACCACCGUGAGGAAAGACGUCGUCACGGCGCUUCUGCCGCUUCAGGAGCAUUGGCUGGCGCUCUCGAACCUCGACCCCCUCCUCCCGCCACUCGCCGUUAGCGUUUGCUUCUGCUACAAGAAACCUAAUUCUCUGACCAGUUCCUUAGCCAUUAAUAACACCCUCAAGAAGGCCUUGGCCGAGGUUCUUGUCACUUACUACGCCUUUGCCGGAGAAGUGGUGACCAAUUCCACCGGAGAACCCGAGCUCCUCUGCAACAACCGUGGAGUCGAUUUCGUCGACGGCUUUGCUGACGUGGCACUCCGGGAGCUCAACCUGUACGAUCCUGACGAGAGUAUCGCUAAGUUUGUUCCCAAAAACAAGCAUGGGGUCAUAUCCAUUCAGGUGACCGAACUGAAAUGUGGGAGCAUAGUGGUCGGAAGCACGUUCGAUCAUCGGAUCGCAGAUGCGUACUCGGCAAACAUGUUUUUCGUCUCAUGGGCUCAGAUGUCUCGAUCUGAACCAAUCUCUCUGGUCCCAUCUUUUCGAAGAUCUCUCCUAAACCCUAGAAGGCCAUUACUGAUCGACUCAUCUAUAGACCUAAUGUACAUGCCUGUCUCAUCCUUGCCUCCUCCACAAGAAACUUGCGGCCAAGAUGUUCUCACGAGCCGUAUUUAUUACAUCAAAUCCGAUGUUAUGAACCAGCUCCAGGCUCUGGCCAGUUCGAACGGUUUCCGUUGUACGAAACUCGAAUCCUUCAGCGCUCUCCUGUGGAAACUCGUGGCGAAACACGCAAGAAAAUAUCCCAGAAAGAUCACUUCGAAACUCGGCAUAGUCGUUGACGGGAGGAGGAGACUUGCGGAUCAAGAAACCGACAAGAAGGAAUCGAACAUGAAAACGUACUUCGGGAAUGUUCUGUCCAUCCCAUUUGGCGGGCGGAGGGUCGAUGACUUGAUGGAGAAGUCACUGUCUUGGGUGGCCAGUGAGAUUCACGAGUUCUUGAACGGGGCGAUAACCAAAGACCACUUCUUGAAUCUGAUCGAUUGGGUCGAGACCCAACGGCCAAAACCGGCGGUCUCUAGGAUUUACAGCACCGGUUCGGACGACGGACCGGCGGUCGUGGUUUCCUCGGGGACCGGUUUUCCGGUCAACAAGGUGGAUUUCGGGUGGGGCCCACCGGUUUUUGGGUCGUACCAUUUCCCGUGGGGAGGAAGCGCCGGCUACGUCAUGCCGAUGCCGAGCGCCGCCGGGAACGGAGACUGGGUGGUUUACUUGCACCUCACGCAAGGGCAGUUGAAGUUCAUUGAAGAAGAGGCUUCCCAUGUGUUUAAGCCCCUUAACAGUGAUUAUCUCAAGAUUUAAGCGUUUUCUGUGUCUAAUUAUAUAUAUCAUUAUGGAUCCUUGCUGUUAUUGGCUUUGCGAUGUAUCUCUCGAGAGGCUGUGUGUAUAUAUGUGUGUACUGUAUGUAUGUGCCUCUUUCGUGUAUUUGUAUUUGAAUUAUUGUAUAUAUAUAGAUGCGAUCAUGUAAUUAUCUAUUAUUAUUCGAUGGCAUGUUAUAGAGAUAUCUAUGUCGUCCA